CUAUUUAAGGGUUAGUUAGUAAGUCACACACUCAGUGCUACCCUGUGCAUCUGCUGCAGUGUGGAAGAGAUCCAGCCCAAGCCAUAGCUCCCUAAGGGUGCUGCUCCAUCCACAGCAAGCAUGAGCAAGAAAGAGCUGAAGGAAAAGCUGGAUGCCCUUCAAUGCCAUUUCACCUGGCGUUUGAGCAUAGCAGGCCACAUUGAAGUUAGCCAUGUCCUGCAGAAGCUGGCUGUUGAAAUCAAGUACACACCCCACCAAAACCAGGCACCGCUCUUGGGGCUGCAGGCAUACCUGUACCAGCUGGAAGGUCAGAGCAGAGCAGCUCUGCAAAGCCUUAAAGAUGCUGAAGAGUAUGAGAGGCAAGAUAAGCAGCAGGCAUCUGUUGCUGGGUCUUUGGUUAUAUAUGGGAAUUAUGCUUGGAUUCACUACCUUCAGGCCUCUUACCAGGAGGCUGAAAGCUAUCUGCAACAAGUUGAGCAGCUCUGCACUACUCCUUUAGAUGCACAGCUGAUCCCAUACAUCCAGGCCCAGAAAGGCUGGUCUCUCCUGGCUAUCAGAGCCCGGAAUGGGGAACGGGCAAGAGAGUGCUUUGAAGUGGCAUUGAUGCUUGAACCGGAGAACAGGAACUUCCAUGCUGGGCUUGGAAUGGCUCUUUAUUCCUGCUGGAAUUACUUCUGGUAUCCUGAUAUUGCAGAGGAAGCUAGAAUCCAACUAGAAAAAGCUGUUCUUGAGAACCCCAAUAACUACAGAGCCAAAAUGUGUUUAGCCAUGCUACUGGAACAAGUGAAUACAGAAAGAUCAAUUAGCUUGAUAGAAGAAAAUGUAGAGAAAAGCUCUGAUCCUGAUGUCCUCAAGGCUUCAGCUUCCUUUUGGCUGAAAAGAAAAGCUACAGAGAAGGCAAUUAAGAUAUUACAGCAAGCCCUGGAGCAGAAUCCAGGUUAUCACCUUCUCUACCAAGCCCUGGCCAAGUGCUAUAAGAAACAGUGGCUUAAUGCAAACAACAGAGACAAGAAUAACAUACUGGAAGCAGCCAUCAAGGACCUCAACCAAAUUCUGCAGGAACAUCCAGACCUCGUGUUUGUAAAGCUGCAAUUAGCAGAGUUCUAUGGAGCAAGAGACCCAGCACAGGAAGAGAAGAUCUACAGGGAGCUGCAGGAGAGAAAGGAGACCCUGAGCCUCAAAAGCCUUCAAGCUCUUAAUCUCUACUGGGGAAACUUCUUCUACAAGAAAUCAUCUCUUGAUGAAGCAAAAGCCAAGUUUAUGGAUGGUUACCGGAUUCCCGUGGCAACAGCAAUGAGGAGGAAGUGUGCCCAGAAGCUGAUCCAGCUGGCUCAGUGCUACCAGGGUGAGGCUGCUGCUGCCAUUUACCGCUUCAUGGAAGACACCGACCGCCACUUGCCUGCGGAAUUCUCUGCAGCCGAGCUGGAGUGAUGGCAGGAGCCCCAGCCUGGGCAAAGCAGGGAGCCCUUCCUGCAAAGCUAGAAGGCAUCCAGGCCUAGUGUCUGUCUCUCUCUCCAACAGCAGGCCCAUCACCUCGUGUAGAUACAAGGGUUCCAUUGGCAUCUCAGCCCAUCCCAUGUCCAUAAAUACGGGCCCACCCAUAGAUAACCAACUGCCCCAAAUUUACACACCAGGCCCCCAAGUCCUGCUUCUCUGAGAGGAAGGAAUGGAAACAAAGGUGAAGAAUUUGGCCCAUGGGGGCUGAGCACAAUCCUCUGCAGGUAGACCUGCAUCACCGCCUUGGAAUUGCUGUAGAUCAGAACUCCGUGCCACUUAGGGGAGAGUGAGAAGUGCCUUCCAUUAUCACAAAUCUCCUUUGCAGCAAAUAAGAAGGUGGUUUAAUCCAUGAAGUCAUUAACUGAUGGGGGAGGGCUUGGUGGGGUGAAGCACCUGCAUACAGGGCAGAGAGAUAGUCCCUGGCCUGUCCUAUUGCUUUAAAUACAAAAGUAGCAAGAGCUAGCUGCUGCUUAUGGAGCAUAUAGUUGUGAUUAUAUUGGCAUGAAUCCUUUGAAACGUGUGUGCGCUUGCCUCUGCCUGAACGUAAAAACAGGAGCUUUGCUUUCUUGCACUGGUAAAACUCCAUAGCACAAGUAACAAGCAUUAGCCACAGCACAGAACCACAGGUCACACAGAUCAUUAUUUACUCAACUGCACAAGUCAUGACAGUUUUCCAGAGCUCAAUAAAAACAGUCUCUUUAUAAGCUUC